AUGAUGUCCAACAUAGAUACAACACCUUCCAAGUCGGUGGUUUACCCAUCGGUUGAAGAGUUUCAAGUCGAACGGAUAUUUCCCAUUCGAAAUCUUGUCAAUGGAAGAGACCUCGAUACAGAAUUAGCCUCGCAGAAUACCGACGGUGUUUCUUCAUCAAAUUCAAGCUGUCGAGGUCCCAAUUCGGGUCAAGAGCCUUACGAUAAAGAUGACAUUUUGAAUAAUGAAAGCUAUUCCGAUGGCUCUAGCGAAACGAACUUCUUGCCGCCGCCUUACCCACCAAUACCUCCCGAUGACCAAAUUCGCAGAUUACCUAAAGAUUCAAUACAUGACUACUCAACAGAAAUUGGCGGUGGUGAAGGCCCAGCCGAGAGUGAAGAUAGGAAGAUAUCGCAACGUUCACAAUUGAUCCCUUCGAAAUCGGGUCCCCCAGGCAUAGCCCCCGGCGAACCUGUGAGCACUGAGGAGCGGACAUUUUUCAAGUGUGGAGAUGAACCUAUACAUAUUCCAGGAGCAAUUCAACAGUAUGGUGCAUUGCUAGCCCUGAGAUACAAUGAUCAGGGAGACCUCAUGGUUCGGAUUGCCAGCGAGAAUGCGUUCAAAAUUUUGAAAUAUACUCCAGAACAGCUUUUCUCGUUAAAUUCUUUCCUUGACCUUCUUGGCGUUGACGUUCGCGAAGAUUUUAUCGCACGAGUUGAUCAUGCUCUUCGGGCUGUCACCAAAAACCCAUGCUCCGACACAAAGCUGGAUGUCUUCUCCAUGUCGGUUGUUGCACACACAGGAUUGGUAAAUCUUUGGUGUGCGAUUCAUAUAUCUAAAGGCACAGAUGAUUUGAUCAUCUGUGAAUUUGAACCAUUUUCUGACGAAAUGUUUUUUUCUGAUGAACCUCAUAAUACCACGAACGAUUUACCCAAGUUGCCGACGCGAACUAUCGACAAUGAAACAGUACUUGGAGAACGACUGAAAAGUAUCUCCAGUGGAAGCCAACCUCUUCGCGUCUUGCAGAUUGCAAAACGAAAGGGCAGGCAUGCUGUCGGUUCUCUGGAAGUGUUUAAUGCUAUGACACAAGCACAAGAACAACUUGCUGCGUGUACUUCGGUUCAAAAGCUUCAAGACGUCUUGGUGGGCCUCAUAUUUGACUUGACCGGCUUUCAUCGAGUCAUGUUUUAUCGAUUCGAUUCCACCAAAAAUGGAUGUGUGGAGGCUGAGUUACUCAAUCCCAAAGCCAGUGAUGAUAUAUUUAGAGGACUGCAUUUUCCAGCUUCGGAUAUCCCUAAGCAAGCUCGGGAUUUAUAUAAGAUUAACAGGAUACGAAUGCUUCAUGACCGAGAUGAAGAGACCGCACGACUGGUCUGUCGUGAUCAGUCAGAUUUUGAAAAGCCCCUCGAUUUAACGCACGCUUAUUUACGCGCCAUGUCGCCACUUCAUUUGAAGUAUCUUUCGAAUAUGGGAGUACGUUCGACAAUGUCAGUUUCCAUUGUAAUUGAUGGCGAUCUCUGGGGACUUAUUGCAUGUCAUGGGUAUGGCAGCCAUGGCACCCGCGUAACUUUACCAAUGCGUGAACUGGCCAGAAAUAUUGGAGAGUGUGCUUCAACAAAUAUUGAGCGAUUGUUGAUGCAUCAACGUAUUGAAGCUCGCAAAGCACCACGUCAGAAUCCAGGAAAGACACCUUCUGGUUUUAUUGCGGCAUCUUCCGACGACUUACUACGAGUUUUCGAUGCCGACUUUGGUCUUUUAAAUAUUCAGGAUGAAGCACGAGCUAUUGGAAAACUUCGCCCCUAUCGCGAGGCAUUGACAAUUCUUGCAUACCUACAGUCUCGCCACUUCACUGAAAUAUACUCCACGCACAAUAUUACAAAAGACUUGCCGAAACUGAAAGAUUCUCCAGGAAUCAGCGCUGUAGCUGGGAUACUAGUCAUACCUCUUAGCACCGGAGGGAAUGAUUUCUUGGUUUUUUUUAGAAGAGGUCAACUUCGCGAAGUCAGAUGGGCUGGUAACCCUUAUGAAAAGAUCAAGCCUGCUAAAGGACAGUAUCUAGAGCCAAGAAGUAGUUUUAGUCGCUGGACACAGACUAUCAAAGGCACUUCUAAAGUAUGGAACGCUGAUGAUUUCGAGACUGCGUCUGUGCUAAGUCUUCUGUAUGGAAGGUUCAUCGAAAUCUGGCGACAGAAGGAAUCAACAGGACUCAAUCGAAUGACUCGCCUUCUAUUGAAAAACACCAGUCAUGAAGUUCGCACUCCUCUGAAUGCUGUUGUCAACUAUCUCGAAAUGGCACUUGAGGACAAAAUCGAAGGUCCAACCCGCGAGUUGUUGGACAAAGCUCACAGAGCUUCAAGAUCCUUGGUUUAUGUCAUUGACGACCUCCUGAAGCUCACCAAAGCUGAAUUUGGCCCGGUGAAUUCCAUGAAAGAUGUUUUCGAUCUUUCAGCUACAGUUUCAGAAGUCAUGUCAGCUUUCCAAAAAGAAGCUGUCCGAAAGAAUCUAGAUUUAACCGUUACUAUUCAACAAGGCAUCCCGGAAAUGGUCAGGGGUGAUGCUGUCCGGUUGCGGCAGGUUAUAUCUAACAUUACAAGCAAUGCAUUCCAAAACUCCGUCGUCGGCGGUGUUAAAAUCGACAUCAAACCCAUACAGAUAUGGCCAGCCAGCACUGUUAUUUCUCUCACCGUUCAAGAUGUGGGAAUCGGAAUGUCGGAGUCACAGCUUGAUGAAUUGUUCCAGGAGUUUGAACAGAUAUUGGAUGAGACUGAUUGCUCUACAAUUAAAAAGCCGGUACAACCACUAAGUGAUGUGAGAGAGACACUUGGUAUCGGCCUUGCUGUAGUUGCGCGAUAUGUUCGUAACUCCAAUGGUCAAAUUCGAGUACAUAGUGAGGUAGGUAAAGGGACUAUAUUCGGUAUUGAGUUACCUUUUGAACACGCUCCAGCUGCUUCAAGUGCUCAAGAAAUCCUAACCAGCAGUACUGCUAGACAGAUUCGUCCAUUUUCCGAUUCCGGAAGCAAUUACGAUGAGAGUGAAAAAAUGAAUUCUAGUUAUACGAUGUCGACUUUCGGAAGCACUCCGCUAGCUACACCAAUCGAAGAGGGUUCAUCUAUUACUACAUCAUUUUUCGAUCUCGCAAUGCAUUCGAAAGAAGAAUUUGUCGAGCCACCAUCCGCACGCCGAAGAUCAAGCCUACCUUUCUUAACUAUGGUCGAUCUUGUGUCAACAAAGAAGUCGCUUUCUAUUCUAAUCGCAGAGGAUAAUCCUAUCAACUCAAAGCUUUUGCAUAAAAGACUCAGCAAACUUUUACAUAAACCUGAAGUUACAGCUGAGGGGCAAUCAUGUUACGAUUACUACACGUCUGGAAACAAUAAUGUCGACGUCAUCUUGAUGGACUUACAAAUGCCACUUGUUGAUGGUACGAAGGCAACGAGAAUGAUACGCAAGUUUGAGAGGGAACAUCUCGAAUUACAUCAUGUUAGGAGGAGAGUUCCCAUUAUUGCUGCUUCGGCCUCACUCACAGAGGAACAACGAUUUGAUUAUAUCGAAGCGGGCUUCGAUGGCUGGAUAAUGAAACCUAUCAAUUUUAGUCGACUUGACUUUCUCCUACAAGGGUUAAAUAACCCGCAGCUCAAACAACGGGCUAUUUACAUUCCGGGGAUGUGGGAAUUGGGUGGAUGGUUUUUCGCUUGA